AUGAACAACGAUCAAUUUCGGAGGUUGAUCGGGGCCAACGCUGAAAAGGCAAAAUCUGGUGGACAGAAUGAUUCGCCCUCUGCCACUAAACCGGCAGUUUCGUCUGCCCUUGGAUCGCGGCUCAAGUCGAGCAUUCCGAUGACGCCGCGAUCUUUGGGCACAAGUAGUCAUAAUUUGUUUGCGAAGCAGCUCGCCGAGCGUGACCAGGCAACCCAGAAACAGAAGCGAUUUCGCACUUCAGCGCCCAAGGGAAGCAGGCUUGCCGAGGGCUACGUCGACAGGGCCAGGCUCAGGAAUGGCGAUGAUGCAGAUGCCGAGCGCGAUGCAAAGCUCAAGGCGACUGAGAAGCUACGCGACUCCAAGGAGAUUGACGAGGAAGAGUACGAAGCUAGACGUAAAAAGAUCCUCGCCGAAAGCGAUGGCCGCCCCAAGGGUCUCGACUUCGAGCUUUUAGCCAAGGCUCGCAAGGGUGAAAGCACAGCCGAUGAUGAAAGGCCACCAUCUGCUGAUGCAAAGGAGGAUGAGUUUCCACAGGAAGGGGAUGGGGAAGACGGCUUCGAUGAUGCUUUGGAACAGAUAGAAGGUGCAGAGGUACAAGCAAUCACCAAGGAGAAAACCAAGAAGAAGGGUCAGUUUGCAACCAAGCCCGUUGUACCGGGUGGAAAGCGUUCAAGAGACCAGAUCUUGGCCGAGCUCAAGGCGGCAAGGGAGGCUGCCAAGGCCAAAGAGGAACAAGCGCUUGGAAACAGGUUCAAGAAAAUUGGAGCGCAAAAGGCCCCGGGAACGAGGUUUGAGCGUGACAGCAAAGGCCGAGAGGUCAUGAUCAUUGUCGAUGAGGAUGGUCACGAGAAACGCAAAGUCAGAAAACUGGCCGCGGAUGAAUUGGAGGAAAAGGCAGCAUUUGUCCCUGAUAAGAAUGCCGAAGUUCUUGGGAUGGAGGUCCCCGAGAUAUAUAGGAAGAAACAGGAGGAAGCUGAACAAAAGAAGGCAGCGGCGGCGGAGGAAGAUGACGAUAUAUUCAACGACGUGGGCGACUACAAUCCACUUGCGGGUAUGGAAUCAGACUCCGAUGACAGCUCCGACGAGGAGGGCAUCGUUUCUGAAGAAAGACCGAGCAAGCGACUGAAAGAUGAGGAAGUUGGAGCGGAGAUGGCCUCAAUAUCUGUCAGCAAAGAGACAAGUCAGCCAGCAGAUCGACCACAGCCGGCCACUACAGCAGCACCGGUGGCUCGAAAAGACUGGUUCAAGGGUUCCAAGACUGGUCUUGUAUCGGAGGAGUCUCGUAAAACAUCGGCUGCAAACGAUCCAGCGGUUCUUGCAGCGCUCAGGAAGGCAAAGAGUCUCAACGCCGAGGCCAAGUCGGAGGAAGAGAAGCAGAAGGCAGAGAGAGAAGAGCGCUUGAAGAAAAUGCUAAGAGAAAGCACACGAGAUGCGGAGGAUAUGGACAUGGGUUUCGGCACCAGCAGGAUGGCUGACGAAGAAGACCUGGAAGAAAGGGACAUAAAGCUCUCUGCAUGGGGCAACGAUGGGGAAGAUGAUGAACCAGGUGGUGCUAAGGCAAAACGGAAAAGAGGUGGGAAGAAGCGUAAGGGAGACGUUAACAGUGCAGCUGAUGUGUUGCAAGCCAUGGAAAGGCAAAAGGCAUCCAAUGCAUAA